UUCUGUUAGUAUGCCUGGUUCGUAGCUAACAUGAAGUCGAGUCUAUUAAAUAUUUUAAUUUUAGCGUUUUUAGUUGUUGCUGCUUCUGCACAACAAGAGGAAGAACUAUCAGAAAGUCUACUUGAAUUCUUUCCAAUCAUUAAUGAAAGAUUCCUAAAUGCUAAUAUUCAGUAUCGUGCAUUUAUAGAAAGUUCUAGGACGGAAUAUGAUUUGAUGAUCAAGAUCCAUCAAUCGAGAAUACUUUCGAGGAUAGGCUUCGUGGUUGAUGAAAUGAGAAACAUUCAAAAUGAGGUUGAGCAAGUAAUUGAAGAUCGUGCCAUUGAAAUCAAUAAUCUCGAAUCAGAAUGUAUUCUUGACUCCCAAAGAAAUUUAAGUUCUCAAGCAGAAGCGAGUGGAAACUUUGUCAUGCUUGCUUCUUUAGAAUGGUUCCAGGAAUUGAACUUUUUGAACGAUGAUCUAGUCAACCCUGUUCUUCAAGAAUUAGAUAUAAUUGCAUCAUUCAUUGAUUUCGCUUCUCUUGAUAUGUUCACUUACGAGUACAACGCUGUCACUGAGAUUUAUAACAUCGUCACAACACUUUAUCUUCAGACAUUAAUUUAUCCAGCUUUCUUUGAAAUUUUUGUCAAUGAAAUCAUUUUCGAGUUUGGGAUGUUCAGAGAUUUUACAAAUGAAAAGAAUGGAAGAAUUUUUACGAAUUUACAAGAAAUUGUUGAUGAGUUCACAUUGUCAACGAAUCUUAUCAGAGACAACGUUGCAAACUGUAAUGCAUAACAAUUUUUUCUUACAUUUUGAGAGCUUCAACUAUUCAAAUCUUAAUUGUACUUGAGCUUAUCUAAUCAUUAUCGCUCAUAGGAGGUGGAAAUUUUCUUCAAAAAACGCUAAGAAAUUAUUUCAGUUGAAUGGUAAAUUUUAAUAAAGGAUGUCAGGCAUUGUGAAGUUUGCAAUCUUUUGCGUUAUAUUCAAUAAAAUGGAAAGGAAUUUUAACUCUCAGCUACUUUCACGAUCAGGUUUCUUCUUUGAAGAGUUGAAGAAUUUAGAAUAUCAAGUUCUGAAUGAGAUCAGAGAUAGAGCAGGUUUAGUUGAAAACUAUGAAUGCCAAGUCAUUGCAAGUUCACAACUUCAAGAAGCCAGCAUAGCUGCAGGAACGAAUUCAAGAAGUGCUUACGACGAAAUUAUUCAACGUGUCACUUUCCUGCGAUUUAUAAACGUUUAUCCAACACUCCAAGAAUUAUCGAUGUCAAAAGCAAAGCUAGCAUUUGAACCGCUAAUGAUGCACUCAUUAUUCAACAGCGUAACAGAGUUUGACAGUUUAAUCGAGCUUUUGACGAGUCACAUUGAAAUGCCAGAACAAUUGUUUGAAGAUUUCGUCGAUUCCAUAAUUGCAGAGAUGACGAAUGUUAAUCGUUACUUUGAUGAUUUGAAUGUUGUGCUUAUCGAUUCUCUCGAAGAAACAAGAAUCAUGUUUGUCAAUGCUACAGAAGAGAUUCGACAAUUUUUAGUCACUGACUGUAAUUAA